ACACACACACACACACACACACACACACACACACACACUCGAGGCACCGUCCUUGUGAACUGCGCGCAGCGAACCACUUCCUUGUCAUUUAUAAUAUUUCUAUAUCAAAUUUCGAUAUUGAAGUCUUUAUGAGGAAAAGAGACCUCAUUCCGCAUUUACUCGCGGAAAAAGGCGCGUCGGUCGGUUAUUUAACGGGAAAGUCCGCGCCUUUUGUUGGAGUUUUGCGCUUCCUUCACCCACACAGACGCGUCCUGGCUGCUCAAGAAGAGAGAGACUAUGUUUUUGUACCACUGGACCCUUCUGUACAGAUUUUCAGAACUCCGAACAGCAAAGGAAAUCAUAUUUCAAAAGCUGGCAUAGCAGCAAUACUAGAGCAGGACUCUGCCGACGGGGGAAGAGUUGUCAAGCGGCUCAAAAUUUCUGAAAAGUCAUAUAUUUCUCCAAGCAACAAGUCUCCCCUCUUUUCUCCGCUAUGUCCGUUUCCUCUCUGCCAGAAUGGAAGCAGCUCCUGUUGGAUCGAAAGCGGAGGGAAGAGGAGGUGCGAGAGAAGCAAGAGCGAGAAGAGCAGGAGAGACUAGCCAGCAUGCCUGCCUGGAAACGAGGGAUCAUCGAGCGGAGGAGAGCAAAGCAGGAGGGUGAGGGAGAACGCGAGAAGGAGGGCAGCUCCCAGGCUGUAGAUGGCAGGGCCUUUGGCCAGCGAAUCAGUGAGAUGGUGAUGCCCGCAGGGAUGCGGCUCGAAGACACUGUCGCAGCCGGACCGAAUAUAGGGCCAGAGCCGCAGAGUCAAGUGUCAGUUGAGACUAUAGGGCCAGUCCGUCAAAAUCCGUUCCUUCUUGCACAGAGUGGGAAAAGGAAGAAGAAAGAGGAGGAAAGUGGCGGAGAGGUGGUCCAGGGGUGCAAGAACUCAAGGGAGAAUGGAAGGAGGAGGGGAACUGAGGAGGAAGUGAGGUGUAAGGAGAGGGAGUGGGCUGAGGAGACCGAAAGAAGGAACAGCAGAGGAUAUGAUAGGGAGUGUGGCAGAGAGAAGGAGCAAGAGAUUCCCUUAGAGAGGCAAGGGGAUCAUAGGGACUCUGAACAUGGAGGAAAAGGAUCUUCCAAAGGUACAGUGACACCAAGAGAGAAAGAACAACAUAACCUGAAGGGGAGGCAAGGGGGUGAAGGGGACAAGUCAGACUCAAAUGCCUUGUAUGCCCUCUAUCCGCUCCCCAUUGUCCCGUGCCUUCACACAAUCCGGGCUGAAAACAUCAUCAUCAUUGAAAAGGAGAGAAAUAGUGUGAAUAGAGAAGAGCAGCGUGAAAGGGGGAGAAUGGAAGAAACGGAACCACAGGAGGCUUGUGAAAAGCGAGGGAUGACUGUGGAUCUCAGGGACAUUUUAGCAGGUGGAGGAAGUGUGACAGAGAUCAGAGCCUCUGAGGUGCUCAUCAUUAAGCCCAUAUCCAGUGUGGAGCACAGGGGUGGUACCCAACAGACUGUCAGAGAAAAAGAAGGAGAGGGUAGAAAGCUAGGGAGUGGAGUAGAUAAAAAGAGGGAUGAACCCAAAAGGGAGGCAUUUGCGUGGAGUGAAAAAGAAGAGGCCUUAGGGGGAAAAGACUUUGGUGGAGAAAGAGAAGACAGAAGCUGGCCCAAGGUAAAGGUGGCCACACAAAAAGAGACAGGGGUGGAGAAAGUUGACAGGAGAGCAGAGGGGGAAAGAAGAGAACUAACGCAAGAUGAAAAGGUCUCAGUAGAGACAGCAGGGCGGGUCAGCCAGAUCCUGAGCAAAUUUGGGGAACUCAAAAGGACCCCCUCGCGUUCUAAAAGCACAGACUCCUUCAGCCAGCCUGAAGGAGUUGGGGCACGGUGGAAUCCGGAAGAAGGUUUGAUCUUGGGAAACAGAGGUGAACAGAUUCAGGGGCGGGAAGAGAGAGAGAAGCAAGAGGAGAGAGGCACGUCAUUCAGAGGGGUCCCAAAACGCUCUUUCAGCUUUUCAGACCAUGUGGCUUGCUCCAGGGAGAAUGAAGCGGAGGAAGAGGAGGACUAUGCUGAGAGGAGAAUCGUAGAGAGGACAUGCUCUGACAGACGGGUAGCACACAGAGGGGGCUACAGGGAAGCUGGAUUUCUCAAAGUCAGCCAGUGGGAGAGUGAGGACAGAGGACAAAGGAGCUUCUCUGAGUCCACACCGCAAGGGGUGGCAGGCAGGUAUGAGGAGAAUGUGUUGGGGCCAAAGAGUGAUGUGGAGGAUGUGGAGGAGAAAUGCCAGGGGCAAAGCGGUAUGAUGAAAGUCCUGAGGAAGGAACAGAAGAAGGACAUGUGCAUCUCCACUGAGAAACACAUGCAGUGGGAGGAUGGGAGAUGGUGGAAGAAAGAGGAGGAGGGAAAGGAGGAUGCCCUUAAAGUCCUCUCCUCCAGGAAACCGGACACAUGUCAGCUCAGUCAAGUCAUGUCCAGCGGACAAAAUGAGAGCGGAGCAGAAAGAGACACGGGAAUUGAAAGGGUGGCGGGCCAAGAUUUGCAAAGAGGGGGCAAGUCAUCACUUCACACAGAAGGGGACUGGGACCAGGCUGUAAGAAAGAAAGAGGGCAACGCUGGCAGGAUUGCUCCAGAUGGAGCACCGUCACACUGGAUGGAGGCAGGGAAAGAAGGAAGCCACCAGCUUGGGAAAAAUAAACCCGUGGAUGGCCUGGCUUUUCAAGAGGAAGCCAGUUCUCUUCAUAACGUAUUAAAUGCCCAAAAGAAUGAAGAACCUUUGCGUAGUGCAGAGCAACAGAAUCGACAUGUUACAGGACACCUGAAUUCUGAAGUGGUCCACUGUCUAGGUGCAGAAAGUCCUGCCCCUGGCAGAGAGAGUGAGAUAGAGGAAGGAUUUGGAAGAAGCAGCAAGAGAGGAACAGAUAUGUGCUUCCAUGCAGAUGGAAACACGGCAAGGGAUGGUGAGGGGGCCCCGAGCCACCCAUAUGUACAUAAAGGGUACAAGAAAGGGGUUUUGCAGACAAGUGCAGACCAGGAAAGGGACAAAGGCUCUGGCAGUCAGGACAUGGCUGUCACCUUCCAAGUGAAUUCCACUGAAACGGAAUGUCCCUCUGCUGCAAGCGGAAUUCGUAUCCCAAGGGCACAUUUCUUUGGGCUUGAGGCUGAGCCAGAGAACGCGAGCGGUAAGAUGUGUAGCAUCUCCAACAUGGACGGGGUGGAGAAGCUGGAGGGAGGGAUGGAAGUUGAGAAAAGGGAAAGCUGGAAGGCCGGGCGACCGUUGACUCGCAUCGAGUCGCUGCGGGAAAGGCUGAGACAGAGAGAGCUGGAGAAGCGGAGAGCCCAGGAAGGUGAGGGGGAAGCGGGGUACGGGACGGGGGACAGGUGCGAGAAGGAGGGCCGAACGGAGAAUGCAGAGGGGGAGGAGGAGGAAGCGGGAGGAGAGAGGAAGAAGGGGCUUGAAUGGGAACAGCAAGGGAGGGAAGUAGCUGAAAAGAAAGGAGUCAACACAGAGCAAGGAGCGAGCAAGUGGCUGUACGAAAUACAGGAAGGGCCUCCGUCAUCGACAUCCAGCCCCCUUGAUGUCAGACGGGAAGCAGGCAUGCGAAAGCCCUGCCCCCAGCUUCCUGGCUCUAUUUCAUUCUCGCAGUUGUACUCUGGCACAAGAGAGGAAGGCGCCAGGGGGACUGCUGCUGCCUGUCCGUGGAGUCCCACCUGUCCUCUAACAGACGAAAUUGAGGAUGAAGAGGGACAACACGUAGAGGAGUCGGCGCCCGAUCAGCAGAAGAGACGACGCGGCGACGAAGGAGGCACGGACGAACAGGAAGAGGAAGACUCGCUGGAGGAGGCCUACAACCCGCAGUGUCUGUCUCCCUCUCUUACGACUUCCUCCUCCGACACUUCCCAGUCUCCUCCUUCCCCGCUUCUGCCCUCUCUUGUCGACAUGAGUAGGAUUUAUAACCAGAAGCCGGUCGUGGCCAGGGCCCCGCUGUCCGUAGGAAAGUCAGACCCGGCACCUCAGAGUUUAAAGGUUCAAGGAAGGGAACCCGCGGCCCAGGUACUCCAUGCACAGCCUCAGCAAGACUACCCGUUCCAAAAGGGGGGGACGACGGAACAGCAAAGCCCAUCGCUCCUGGAAAUGAAAGCAAAGCGAUGCCAGCAGGGUCGUCGGGGGACGGGAGAGGAGACGGAUGCGCUGAGCGAGAAAGCUCCGUCGGCGAACACGGGCAUCCAGAUGGUGCGGAGACAGGUCGAACUGCUGAAGCUGAGGGAGCUGGAUGCCGGGCGACAGGCUCCCAAAGAGGGGACGCGCGAGGCCCGUGCUCAGAAGGGACCACCCAGAGACAGACUGAUGGAACAGACUGCAGCCGAACCAGAACUACAGCAGCGUCGGAAGCUGCUGCAGCUGGCAGAACAGCAUCGGAAGGAGCCACAGCAGCCGAGCCAGAGGACGCAGCCGGAUGACGGGGAAACGCCGCAUGACCAAAAGGUGCCCGUGCAGCUGCUGCACAACCAGAAGACGCACCCGAAACAAUCUCAGCCAUCCAGGUCUUUCACCGUCAACCCCAAAUCCAGCCCAACCCUCGAGAAAACCCCAGAAAGCUCAGAGAGCGAGAGCACAUCAGACCCCUCCGCUCCUGCCUCUACCUCUGCCUCUCCCUCCUGCACCCCUUCCACACCCCUAUUUUCUCUCAGGAGCGCUUCCGCAGUGCAAAGCAAGAGGGGCAACACUAUCACCAUCACCCCCAGGAGAUCCCCAGCAGGUUCUGGGACCACCGCAACCCCAGCAACCAGCAGGACUCCCCCCUCAACCCAGACUUCUGCACCCAACGGGGACGCCGGCAAGAAGAGGUACCCAACGGCGGAGGAGAUAGUGGUGAUCGGGGGGUAUCAGAGUCUAGAGAAAUCCUGUUUGGUCAAGCAAGGAAGGACUCACAAAGGGGCAAAAGUGUGCUUUGACGAGACGCAGCUGGAGCAAGUGUGUGAGUACCCAUCAGAGAGCACAGCGCUGGCCUCCCUCCCCUGCCCCCAGCCAGACUCCGAGAGAGAGGUCGAGGAGAGGGUGCAAGGGCAGGAGGAGGAGGAGGAAGAAGAAGAGGAAGAGGGAGGGAUGUUUGUGUCGAGCAGCAGUGGCAGGAGAGCGUUUCUGCGUGUGGGUCAGUGCUGCUCGCCCUGUCGUUUCCGGAAUGUUCUGUCGCCGUCACCGAACAGCAUGCGGGUCACCUGCUGAGCUCAGCAUGGGCUCUGUUGCGGCAGCACACCAGUAAAGGACAGUUGUUGCAUGUUUCAGUAAAAAUGCUCUGAGCAUACAGCGUGCAUUAUAUUACACUGUUCUUCACUACUGACACUGUUCCCCAUCCAGUUUGGUGAUAUAA